CUAUGGAAUGAUGCAGGAGUACAGUAGUAGACAAUUAGGUCAUUUUGGAAAGGAAUUCUGAACACAUCGAGCAGCAGGGGGAGGAGGGAGAGUCGACGAAGUAGGAGGAGGAGGGGGAGGAGGGGGAGGCAGAUCGCGCUGCAAAUAUGGAAGCACUUACAACCCUGGCAAGGGUUAAAAAAAAAAAAAAGAGCGGAGGAUAAAAACAGCUCGUUUAUGGCAAAAGCCGUCAGAGGCGGUAAGUGGCGGCGUUCCUCUGAGAGCAUCCAGAAGGAGGAACCUUCCCUUCCCUUCCCUUCCAUCCGGCUCCUUUCCCGCUCAGGUGAUCUCCGGCAAAGAACGGAUAAAGUCAUCGUCUCUUUUCUGGACCCGCUCCAUCCCCUCCGUCACCUUCGUCAUCUCGUCGUCGUGGCCGCGCGCGGUCACAAAGUCUGGACUUUGCCCGCGGACGUCGGCGGCCCGGCUCUGAAUGCGACCGCCCGCCAGGAGCCCAAAUGCGUUUGCCACUCGUCGCCAUUGCGAUGUCUUUGCUUUGCGACGCCAUCAGGAGCCAGAGUCGGUGGGACGCCGAGCGAGAUCGGUCGGGGAGUUGCGCCAACUGCAAAGAGUGUUCCCACGACAACGGCUGCGUCCGCUGCGCCGAGCGCCUCUUCCUGCUGCUGCGGCGGCGCGGCGUGUCCCAGCACGGCAGCUGCCUGACCACCUGCCCCGAAGGAUACUUUGGACAGAGGGGAGCCCACCUCAACCGCUGCCUGAAGUGUCGCCCGGCCAACUGCGAGCGCUGCUUCGGUCGGGAUUUUUGCACGCGGUGCAAAUCGGGUUUCCGGCUCUACAACGGCCGCUGCGUGAACGACUGUCCCGCCGGAACCGUCAAGAACGACGCCCAAUGUCUUGAUGACUGCACCCUCGUGCCGCUGACCGAGUGGAGCGCGUGGAGCGUCUGCCUCCGAAACGGCGCCCCCUGCGGCCUCAGGUUGGGACAACAGACCCGCACGCGGGAGAGCGUCGCCCCCGACCUCACGCCGAGCCCCGACCGGACCGCCUGCCCGUCUCGCAGCCAGACCAGGAGUUGCAGGAUGAGCGCCGCGUGCCCGACAGACAGCAGAAGGCCGAGGACGCGAGGGAGAGGCCGCAAGCGGAAGCCCAAACCGCUUUGGAUGCUCGCCAACAGCAAGGCUAGCGACGCUCGCAACGUCUUCUGACCCCGACCGCCCGUCCGCCACCAUUACACGCAGGCAAAUACAAGGACGCCCUUGAUCAACUGAGCACGCACGCAGAACAGAAAUACGAGGAGAUCCGAAAUGUGGCGGCACGGCAGGGGCGGCGCUACGCGGCGGCCAAUGGGACCGCCGCUCUGGCCGCCCCCACAUCCAGGGGUAGAAGUUCACCAAGGCCAUCGGGCGGCGUCACUGCCGCGCAUUCGACCGAAGCUCCCGGAUGCCGGGCCUCCGCUCGCUCCAAUCCAGCACCCGUCCAAACGCGUGUCCGUACGAUUGCAAAAUUCCUUGACCGUUUCAUCGGCCAUUCCCGAAUCGACUCGCGGGCGUCAGCCUGGUCAACCCGCGGAAAGAUUUCCGCCUCCGCCGCCCUUGUACAUUAUGAAAGUACUCGUGAAGAAAAGCUUUAAAAUGUCAACUUGUGCAACGGGACGGGUCAGAGGUCGCAUUCGGAGGGGCGCCCACCUGCUUCGCUUGUGCAAUGGUAAAAAUCUUGUGGGGCGGCGUUGCACGAGUUCUCGCCGGAUGCGCGUCCCGCGCAACCUUGAUCUCGGCCAGAGGGUUCGUUGGCUUACUCCCGAAUAAGCGUUGAUGGACUUUAGCGCAAAGUCUCGUAUGCAAAUGCCUAGCGAGCAUGCCUGAGGACGUUUGUUGUAUUUGUUUGCGUAUGUUGGAUGUAUCUGUAAGACUGGAGGGUGCUCUGUUAUUUAAUAUUAUUAUAAAAUGCCUUUUGUACCGAAUAAACACCAU